AUGAAACUCUACCAUUAUAUCAUUGUAGUAGCAAUCUCGUCCUAUGCUAUUGCUGAAGCAGUUCAUAAAGCUCACCAGAGAAAUAUUUGGAACGCCAAUGACACUUCCUCUCUUGAGUCAUUAUACCAUACACUUGGUCUUUCAGAUGCCGAGACGCAAGAUGUUCGAGACAGAUUCACUCGAGCUACACCUGCCGACGGAAAUAUCAACGUCGCCUGCGUCAUUGCUCAAUGUGUUAUGGGAGAAGGGAUUGUAGAUACUUCCCCGUUGAAUCAGACAGUGGUGGACGAAAAUUGGUCUUUAUCUUGUGUUGCGGAGCCACACUGUAUCAUCCAACCGGCGGAAGCAACCGAUGUGUCGAAAUCGAUUCAAAUUAUAAACUUCUUUCAAGUAAAAUUUGCCAUCCGCAGCGGAGGUCAUUCACCUAAUCUAGGAUGGUCAAGCGUUGGAAAUGAUGGGAUUCUCCUUGAUUUAUCAAAGAUGAACCAAAUAAGUCUAUCUAACGAUGGCAAGUCAGUGAAAGUUGGGGCGGGUGCCCGUUGGGGUGAGGUUGUGGCGGCGUUAGAUCCUCACGGUACGACAGUUGUUGCAGGUCGAGACCCGAGUGUAGGAGUAUCCGGCCUCAUCCUUGGUGGUGGUUACUCUCAUAUAUCACCAGAAUUCGGUCUGGCAGCAGAUAAUGUGAAAAACUUUGAGAUUGUUCUAGCUAAUGGAACCAUCGCUAAUGCUAAUGCUGACCUUAACUGCGAUCUCUUUUGGGCGCUUAAAGGCGGAGGACCAAAUUUUGGCAUAGUAACUCAUCUCGUUCUCUUUACAUUGCCCGUGUAUGAGAUUUGGCUCCAGUUGGCAUUAUACUCGCCUAACCAAUCUUUCGACAUUCUAGACGCUUUUGCUCGAUGGCAAAGUGAUCCAUCUAUUGAUCCUAAGUCUAGCGUGGGUCUUGAAAUAGGUCUAGACAGCGUUCUUCUUGGAUUGGUAUAUUCAGGCCCCUCAGACCAACCGGAUGCCUUCGCUCCGUUCUAUGGCUUGACUCCAUUGCAAGUCAUAGUCCCACCUAUUAACACUACAUUUAAAUAUCUCAAUGACAUAUUGUCCAAUGAUACUUCGAAGGCGCCAGCACGGCACGAUUAUAGAGCUGUUAGUUCAAGGAUCGAUGCUCAGCUUUAUAAAGAUGUUUAUAAAUUCUGGCGUGAAAAGGCGCUGGCGGUUCGCAACGAUAUAGGCGCUAAUCAAACAUUUGUGCUUCAACACGUGCCCAAAACUUUGGUAGAAGCUGGCAUAGCAAAAGGCGGAAAUUCCCUCGGUCUUCCUCAGGAGAGCCAUCAGUGGUGGACAACUAUAGUUGAUUGGGAACGCGAAGAAGACGAUGACUUGGCACGUUCUGUCUCAAUUGAAACAACACACCAAUGGAAUAAGCUCGGUGAAGAACGCGACCUAGAUUUGCAAUUCGUAUACAUGAACGAUGCAUCUCGAGAUCAAAAUCCAAUUUCAUCAUAUGGAGCCAAGAAUGUAGGAAGGUUGAAACAGAUCUCUCAGAAGUACGACGAAGGACAAAUUUUCCAGACUCUGCAGAAUGGCGGGUUCUUAUUGUCACAUAUCAUGUGA